GCAGAAGCGAGCUCACUUGUUUAGGUGCGUGUCGCGAUGGCCGGCUGCGGAGGGAAGAACGGCGCCGGCAACCUCUACGCCGCUCUCGGCGUCGCCAGCGACUGCUCCGACGCCGAGCUGCGCGCCGCCUACAGGAAGCUCGCCAUGAAAUGGCACCCGGACAAGUGCGCCGCCAAGGCCACGGGUAGCUCCGGCGGCGUGGAGGCCGCCAAGGCCAGGUUCCAGAAGAUCCAGGGAGCCUACGCAGUUCUCUCGGACCGCAACAAGCGGAUCCUCUAUGACGUUGGAGCCUACAACAGCGACGGCGACGAUGACGGUGCAGGAGAAAUACUCGGAGACAUCCUCGAGGCGAUGAACAAGACAGCCCCACACUUCUGCGAUGCAGGAGAGCGGCGAGGGCGAGAGCUUGGAGGAUCUGCAGAGGCAGUUCGAGGAGCUUUUCCUCAGACGACCGUCGUCCUCCUCCUCCUCCUCCUCCUUCCGCUCCGGGCAAGAUGACCUUGCCAAGUCGUCGUCCAAGAUAAGGGGAGCAAGGAAGUAGAAAAGGCGCCAAAAACAUAAAAUGCAAGACGCCGCUAAUUCAUCAGUCAGAACUGUCGUGCCUACACUCGCAUGUGCACGACCGAUGCCACGAGCCCAGUUAUUAUUAUUAUUAUUUCAGUUAACUUGCCGACGACUUUACAACUGUUUCUGAUAUAAGCCAUGACGUGCUAAUAAUCCACGGGAGAACCCAUGAAACAAAGCUGUCAACAAGCUCCGGAAGCAAUCACUCAAAGUUGAAUGUUUCAGCUAGCAAAGCCUAGUCAUUAAAACUUAAACGUCAUCCGCUCAUGGAACAUCCCAUGCUGCGAUUUGUA